GGAGGAGACAUGCGUGAACUCCUCACUCCUUUCCGUGUUUCCUAAAGGACGCGGGUGUUCCGUUCUCACCCAUCCCUCACGUUUCUGCCCCCCAACCCCCCCACUCCGCCUCCUUUGUAAAAAAAAAAAAAAAAAAAUGAAGUCAAUUAUACAACACCCCGGCUCUCCGCAGCUCCCUCCUCUCCUCCUCUCCUCCUCUCCUCUGUACUACUACUACAGCUGGUGGCUCCACAUGCGCGGCGGCGCUCCGUAGCCUUCACCGGGCACACCGGCUCCAGUCUGUAGGCAUGUCGGCCGGUGGCUCUGACGGGACGGCGGACAGACCAGCAGAUCCCACUGUAGAGGAAGAAGGCCCAAGCCAAGCAGGCUCCUCGCUGCCAGCUGUCGAGCUGCCAAGGAAACGAAAGGGAGAUGUGGAGGAGAGGUCAGACACCCAUGUACAGCAAAGCCUCGACUUCCAAAUGGAGGAUGACCUCAGCAGGUCUGAAGAAGAGGAUCAGCAAGUCAAAAUGAAAUGCUUCAGGGAGCCUCACAGCCAGAUUGAGAAGCGGCGGAGGGAUAAAAUGAACACCCUCAUUGACGAGCUCUCCGCCAUGAUCCCUGCCUGUCAGCCCAUGGCUCGAAAACUCGACAAACUCACUGUGCUGCGGAAGGCCGUGCAACACCUGAAAGCCCUCAAAGCUGGGACAAGCAGCGCCUUUACAAACACCACCUACAAGCCUUCCAUCCUGCCUCAUGAUGACCUCAGGCACCUUCUGCUCAGGGCUGCAGACGGUUUCCUGUUAGUUGUAAGUUGUGACCGGGCGAAAAUCCUGUUCAUCUCCGAGUCCGUCUCCAAGAUCCUCAACUUUAGCCGGUUGGAGCUGACCGGGCAGAGCUUGUUCAAUUUCAUCCACCACAAAGACAUCAACAAGGUGAAGGAACAGUUGGCCUCUUCGGAGUUAUACCCUCGCCAACGCCUCAUUGAUGCUGCAACGGGAGUUCAGGUCCAGACAGAUACCCCCGUCAGACCUUCCCACUUGACCACUGGAGCCCGGAGGUCCUUCUUCUGCCGGAUGAAGCACAGUCGGGUUGCGGGGAAGCACGAGGACAAACACUUGCUGCCCGGUAUUUCCAAAAAGAAAGACACUUACAGAUACUGUACCCUCCACUGCACUGGAUACAUGCGGAGCUGGCCGAGCAGCCAGCUGGACUCAGAAGGUGACAGCGAGAAGGAAACCUCAAACCUGACCUGCCUGGUGACGGUGUGCCGCCUCCUCCCUCACGUGUCCCACCAGCCUUCCAAAGACAUCAACGUCAAGCCCGCUGAGUUCGUCACCCGCUGCGCGAUUGACGGCAAGUUCACUUUUGUAGACCAACGAGCCACGACAGUUAUCGGUUACCUGCCGCAGGAAGUUCUUGGCACGUCGUGUUAUGAGUACUUCCACCAGGACGACCUGCAGCAACUCGCAGAGAAACACAGGCAAGCUCUUCGAAGCAAGGAGAAGAUUGAGACGGCGUGUUACAAGUUUAAAACAAAAUAUGGCUCCUAUGUUUCACUCCAAAGUCAGUGGUUUAGUUUCACAAAUCCAUGGACCAAAGAAGUUGAGUUUAUCACGUCUUUAAACAGGGUUAUCUCGGGGCCUGGUCACACAAAAGAUGAAGAAGCAGCCAGCUCGAAAGCACUUCAGGAAGACACAAAGCAAAUACCCAUAAUUCCCAGCCUUUCCAGCGGUGUUGGCACAAUGAUCUACGCAGGCAGCAUAGGAACCCAAAUAGCUAAUGAGCUCAUCGACUCCUACAGGAUGAACUCCUCUCCAUUAAGCGGAGCUUCCAGUCCGUUUGGCCCGGCCCAGGAGAGAUGUCCACUGGUUUCCCCUCAGACCAGCAAGAGUGCGUCCAGCAGAGAGGAGGCAGCAGGCAGUUCGUCGCAGUCCCAGUCUGACUCGGGGACAGCAGCGGGCACUAGCAGCGCAGCUUCUGAAAGUACAGGUGAGCCGUCCCAGCUGGACUUGGACAGCAUGGUGGUGCCAGGGCUGAGCAGCUUCAGCAGCGAUGAGGCAGCCAUGGCGGUCAUCAUGAGCUUGCUGGAGACGGAUGUAAACAUGGGUCAAUCGGGGGACUUCGAGGACUUACACUGGCCUUUUUAGAGGGCGCACAGACUUUAAGCCCCUCUCACAUUCUUUUGUGCCGUUUCCUUGCCAUUUGCCGAGAACUUUGGCACUCAGUUGUUCAUUUUGUGACCGACUGAUCUGGCCUUGCACAACUGAACCCACUGGACUUGUACCAAAGCAACAUGUCGCACCCGAGGAAGCUUAACAAAUAGAAGACUAAAUUAAUAGGAAUUAUUAAGACUGUGAUUACCAUGUUGGUCCUCUCUUGCCUGAAGGAAAGUGAGGUUAAAGUGUUCAUGGAGCCUGUGGUUUUUCAGUGUCUUCCUCAUUGACACCUCAGCAUCAUCAACUGGGGUUAAAACCCAGACUUUCCACAGCAGAAUGAUCCAUCUACUCGCUCUGCUUGCCCCCAAUGACUGACCAAGGUCUGGAGGAGAAUCAGACUCCUGCCACGUGCAGUGCUGCUAGAGAAACCCGUCAAACCUUUGACAUUUGCUAAACCAUUCGGUACCCAGUGAUGACAUCUUUUUCAUAACAUGGUCUGAUUGUUCAAUUUUUUUAAAAACUUUUUUUUUAAAGAUCCCCUUUCAGACACAUUUUAAGUCCUGUAAAAAAUACUCUGCUGAGUCGUGUUUGUCUGAUUGUGUCCUGUAAGUUUUGAAGAAGGCUAAAAAGAUCAUCUACCCCUUCUCCCAUUUAUUGAGAAUUAACGACUCAUUGUAUAUGCAAAUAUGGAGAUACGUCAGGCCUCGCACCCCCCCAAACCACCCACCACCACCACCACCACAACUGAUCCAGCUAUUUUCCAUUUGGAAGAUUUUAGCACAUCCACACAAACCACAUGUACUCUAUCAUUUAGACCAGAUAAUUCAAAACACUUAUUUAUGUCAAGAAAUUAUUCAGAAAGCAUGUCUGAUUUUGUCAGUACAAUACAACCAUGAUGUAGAACUUUAACUAAACUGUCCAAUCAAUCAAUACACUGGUGCAGAAUCAUCAUAUGAUCAGAACCAAUGAUCAGAACACAUAAACCUAGCUGAGUCUUACAAUAUGUGCGGGGUGUGCGCACGUUCCGAACUGAUUAUUAAAGAAUUACUUCACUUUGAACCAUUAAAAAAAUAUUGUGGCCAACAUCUGGCACCAUCAACACACAAUGUCCACUUUUACAAGCUAGUUAGCUAUUAAUACUAACAAAAACUACAGAGAAAAUUGGUUACAUGGAGAAAGCUUUACUUUGGGACUGUUUUUACUAAGUAAUAAAUACUUAAAUAUUGACUCCUGUUUACAUUUUUGGUCCCAGGAUAACUCAACUUUUUAGCAAAACUUACAAAUAAACAGGAAGCUGAAACCACUUUAACCACUCAAUGCAGCUUUUACAGAAAAGUCAGUUUUUUUUUUCUCAUUUUGCACUUGUGUAAUUUGCACAAUUGGCUACCAGUUGUGAUGUCACAAAUCAUGCUAAAUAUGUAGACAUCUCAAAUUUAAAAACCACACCCCUUAACUAAAAGUCCCAAAAGUAUCCAUAGAGAAAACCUCAUUAAGUGGAGGGGGUAUUUACAUGGAGUGUUUCUCCAUAGAGUUUGUAAAGUGUCUGUUUUCUUAUUGAAUGUGCACUAAAGGACUGAGCCCUAGAAUGCCUAUACUGUGUGUGUUCACAUAUCACGUAUUUACUGUACUCCAGACAGUUCUGCAAAGGUAAUUUACUGUACACUGAACUCCUGGGAAAAUAUGGAAGGUCCACUAUUGAUGGGAGAAUAUUUUCCAAGGGACAAGCCAACAUGUUUUUUGGACAGAUUUGAAUACUGUUGUGUCGUGUCUUUUAUCCCCCUGCUUGUUACCCUUCCUGUCAACUGCAGUAUCACUGCACAUAAAUUAACUACAGUAUUUAUGUUGCUAGGGAGACAGUAAUGUUGCAGUUUAUCUAUUUCUGAAUGUCCCAUGACCACAACUGCGUCUUGUUAAAGGAAACUCCACCUCGAAGCAUCUCAACAUUGUUUUAAAAAAACAACUACUCUGGAUCAAUUUAGUUGUUUGUACCAGAACAAACUGGCUAUAUAAUCCCAGAAGUACAAUGGAGUUUAAUAGCACAACAUGAUUUGGUGAUUUAAAACAUUUACAGUAAUCAUCAGGUUUUGGUGACAUAAAUCAAAGAGCCAAAUGAAAACUCAUCAGUGGAAUGGAGAAACUAAUUUUAACAGCUGCAUUAGUUGAGGUCUGAGCAAGGAGUAUGGCCACAAUCAAGAAAUAAUCACAUAUGAAGCUAUUUAUUUUCUUAUGACCUAACAACUAGUCAUCUGGGGCUUUACCUAAAGUAAAUUGCAUUUUAUCACCCCUGAAUGUACUUUAGACAUAUAUGAACAGUGUAUGUGAGGGUGGAUUUUACCCUUAAACUCAGUGACAGGCCUUCAUACAGUACAUGUAUCUCUGGUUGUAUCACUGGUUCCUCUAAUCUUGAAAGCAUAAUGUGAUUGUGUUGCCUUGACAAGGUUCAAUUGUAAAACAACUGUUAUGCGCUCUCUUUGGUUUUAAAAGCAAAACUGUUGGUACUGGAUAAUAUUUUAUGUUGCCAUCCGUGCCAUUUGAAAUGGGCACUUAAGCAUAUUGAACAUGCCCUGCUAUCAAAGGACAAAAUGUCUGAUAUUUGUAUGUGCAAAUUGUUGUUGAUGUAUCUGCUGUAACUAGGAAUGGAGGUUGAAGUCAUUGAAAGUAAAUUUUUUCAGAAAUUGUCUGAAUUCUA